AUGGACUCUCAACGGGAUGCCAGUUUGAAAGCCGAUAAUCUGACAAACGAUCAAUUUUCUCCAACGCAAUUAAUGCAUGUCAAAGUGUCCGAAGCCACGAAACCACCAACAUCCUAUAUCACAUCAUUAACGUCGCAAACAGAAACAUUUACCCCAAUUGAUUAUAUUCUCGCCAGUUAUAAUAUGCGAAACCUAUCGAAAUUUUAUGCGCCACCAGGAAGCGCAGAAAAAGCUGCAUACGCUUUGCUACAACUCGAGAAGGAUUCACCGAUUACAAUACUUACUGGUUUCUGUGUGACAGAAAGGCUUGUAGAUAGUGAAAAGAUGCCGGUAGCCGAAACAGAUGGCCCUCCAGGUGCAGUGCUUGCAGGUGAAACGCUUCGCAAACUGUCCUAUCAUGUGUCAUAUGUUGCUGAUCCUGUUACAUGUAAUGUUCUCCGGGCGUGCUUGAAAUCAAUCGCAGCUGAUGACCAUUGUGUUCACGAAUUUUAUGCACGUCAUGAUGAAGAAGAACAGAUUGCAGAAGCACAUAGACUCAUCAAUCUACUUAAGCCCAAAGCGAUGAUUGCUGGAGAGCUCUGCAGUCGAAGUUGGAAUGAUGGAAUCCGUCACAAUAUGAAGGGCAAAAAUAUUAAUGAUUGGAAUCCGCCAGUCGAUGAAAUGCUCGUCCAAUUUAAAGGUAGAGGUAUUAUUAUUGCAGUUGGUGAUGGUGGCAAUGAAGCUGGUAUGGCGAAUCUAAAAGAUAAUAUCCCACUCGCGUCCGACGGCAAAACGAUUAUGGCAAGUGGCGUAUACUCAGAUAUUCCUGUUACGUCAUGGAAUUCAAAUCUCGGUUUGCAAGCAGUUGCUUCCAUUGCUGCCGCAAUAGAAAGUCGAUUUGAAUUGAUUCCAACGGCAGAUCAAGUCAUCAAGACAAUUGAAGCUGCUUUGGAUGCAGGUGCAGUAGAAGGCGUCACUCAAGGAAAACAAGAAAAUUCUUUGAACGGAAGUUAUGCAACGCGUGGUGUGGACGGUUUUGCUCCUUAUGUUCAUGCGGCGGAUCAAGAUAAACUGAAAAGUACGUUGAUCCAAAUGAAAAUAAAAGCGAUGUUAUAA